AUGGCAAACACAGCGGUAUUAUUUCUAUGUCUGAUUGCUUUGCAUCUUGGCUACAGUUUCAACGGAGACAGUUUUGAACUAGAAUGCCCAGAUGAAUGUGACUGCCACUACUUCAGGAUAAACUGGGUCACGGACUGUUCUGAGAGUAACCUGACAGAAGUUCCAUACGAUGAGCUCAGUCUCAGCGUCUACAUUCUAGAUCUAAAUGGAAACAAUAUAACGAGUCUUAAAUCAUUCCCUAGCGAUAUUAAGAUGAGGAGAUUGCAAAUUGCGGAUAAUAGGCUGACAAGAGUCGAGCGGCAGGCAUUCAAAGGACUUGAGUAUCUGAUAGACGUUGAUUUGUCUGGCAAUAACAUCACUUAUGUGGAUCCCGAAACUUUCUUAGAUUCCCGAGGCCUACUUAAUGUCGAGUUGCAAGACAAUCCUUUGGGCGUCAUUGAGGGACCCUUUCUUAUAUCUGGAACACUUCAAUACCUAGACAUCAGCAACUGUAAAAUUUCUAGCAUCAACCCGGUGUUCUUUAAUAAUAUUACCUCCAUUACAACACUCGACCUCUCAAAUAACCCUUUGAUUAGUCUAGACGCUGCUGUUUUUGAUAAUUUAACAAGCUUAGAUACACUCAAGUUGAACGAUUGUAAACUAAAAUACCUACCUGAAAACAUUUUUGAAGCAUUGGUAAAUUUGAAGAACCUAGAGCUAGCCGGAAACUAUUUAACGGAAACAAACUGGCCUGAAGUUUUGGGAAACCUGCCAAGACUGGAGUAUUUGAAUCUGCGGAAAUCGCAAAUCACUUACUUGUCGGAAGAUACGUUCUCGAACUGCACAAACUUGUUCACGCUUGUUCUAGCUGACAACAAAUUGCUCGAUUUAGAUGUGGCUGCGACUUUGGGUAAAAGCGUCAACCAUUUGGAACUGCUGGAUCUGUCAAAUUGCCAUAUAAAGGGACCAAUUUCUGGGGAAGCUUUCGCAAAUGCAACGAGGUUAAAGUCUCUUUAUCUGUCAGGCAAUCCACUUUUCGCUCCAGACUUACAAGAAGCACUAGCACCUUUGCCUAAGUUAGAAAAACUCUUCUUGGGCAAUUGCGGUCUUCGAAACCUUCCAGAUAAUUUCAAUGUCUUCGAAAAUCUGAUUGAACUUGAUAUUUCACAUAACCCGUUGGCCAAUGUAUUCACAAGAUUACUUGCGCCACUUGACAAAUUAGAAUAUCUUAAUAUGGGUUACAGUAAUUUGUCAUUUGUUGGACCCGACACUUUCUCACAUAUGACCUCCAUGAAGAGGCUGGUCUUAUCAGGCAACGACUUAUUGUCAUUAGAGGCUGGGCUUUUCGGCAACCUGACACAAUUAACAACUUUAGAGUUAGAAUUCUGUGGACUCAAGAGACCAUUAAAUGCAAACGCUUUCUUUAAAAACCUCACGUAUACCGACUUGAGAGAAAUCAAACUUGGAGGCAAUCCUUUAAUAAUCCCUGAGGUUGGUCCAUUAUUCCCUAAGGCUCUGUCGCAAGUGACAGUCUUAGAUUUAAGCAAUAGCAAUAUAACGUCAUUAAAUCCGGAUGCGUUCAAAAACACUGAAAAUAUAACGGAUUUAAAUUUAGCAGGAAACAAAAUUUCCUCGGCCGAAGGCGAUUUAGCCUUUUUAGAAAUACUUCACCACCUUGAGAAAAUAAACCUCAGUAACAACAACUUGACCACCAUAGAACCUGACGUGUUCGCACACAAUCCAAAACUACACUCGCUGAAAUUAAUAGGAAAUCCGUUCAUAUGUGACUGUAAAAUUGCCGAGAUGUGGGACUGGGCUAACAUGAUCAAGGGAGAUCUCGAUGUUCUCGUCGGAGCCAAGAGUGCCGAGAAAGACAUCGUCGUCAAAGGAAACAAGAAGAAGAAAAACCUUUACUGUCAUUACAAAGAACUACGUAAUAUUACGAUCACCGCAAACAAAACUGUCCCUGGUAGAAGGCCCUUCGCAAGGCAUAGAGAAAUCACCUACGCCAAUAGAACUUGGGCAAAGUAUGUGAGAGAAUCGGGAUGUGAGCCUGUGGUUAAAAUACUCCGGCCAGUUGCCCUAGUGGCUGACCGACCCGUCCGUACCGAUCACAAGGAUAAUAUUUCAAUUACCGCUUUGUCUUUAGCUUUUGUAGCUAUUCUUCUUGGUGCUGCCACAGUGGUUAUGACCUGGAGACUGUUCCAGAGGCGAAAAAGAUUUGAAAUCGACACAGAGAACCACAGAAAGAGCAGUUAA